GUAAUCAGUGAGUUCAGACGUGUUUUACCUGCAACUGCAAAAGCAAAAAACAACAUUUGUGUGUUAAAAAAAACCUCCUAAGCAAAGAAAGAACAAAAGAGUUUUUUAAUUAAAACUAAAAGAUAUUUUUAAUAUAUUUAAUUGCAACCUAAUCAAUCCAAAAUGAGAGAAAUCGUACAUAUUCAAGCUGGACAAUGCGGUAACCAAAUUGGUGCCAAGUUUUGGGAAAUCAUCUCCGACGAGCAUGGCAUUGACGCAACUGGCGCCUACCAUGGCGACUCCGACUUGCAAUUGGAGCGCAUCAAUGUCUACUACAACGAGGCAUCCGGCGGCAAAUAUGUACCACGCGCCGUCCUUGUCGAUUUGGAGCCCGGUACCAUGGAUUCCGUACGCUCCGGACCUUUCGGACAAAUUUUCCGCCCCGAUAACUUUGUUUUCGGUCAAUCUGGUGCCGGAAACAACUGGGCCAAAGGUCACUACACCGAAGGCGCCGAAUUAGUCGACUCAGUAUUAGAUGUUGUCCGCAAAGAAGCCGAAUCAUGCGAUUGCUUGCAAGGUUUCCAACUUACCCAUUCGUUGGGAGGCGGUACCGGAUCCGGUAUGGGAACUCUCCUCAUCUCAAAAAUCCGCGAAGAAUAUCCCGACAGAAUCAUGAACACAUAUUCCGUUGUCCCGUCGCCAAAAGUAUCUGACACCGUUGUAGAGCCCUACAAUGCCACGUUGUCUGUGCACCAGCUCGUAGAAAACACCGACGAAACCUACUGUAUUGACAAUGAAGCCUUGUACGACAUUUGCUUCAGAACCUUGAAACUCACCACACCCACGUACGGCGAUUUGAACCAUUUAGUCUCCUUGACAAUGUCAGGCGUCACCACGUGCUUGCGUUUCCCCGGUCAAUUGAACGCCGAUUUGCGUAAAUUGGCUGUCAACAUGGUACCAUUCCCCCGUCUUCACUUCUUCAUGCCCGGAUUCGCGCCCCUUACCUCGAGAGGUUCACAACAAUAUCGCGCCUUGACGGUGCCCGAACUCACGCAACAAAUGUUCGAUGCCAAGAACAUGAUGGCUGCCUGCGAUCCGCGUCACGGACGUUAUUUGACAGUUGCUGCCGUAUUCCGUGGUCGCAUGUCAAUGAAGGAAGUCGACGAACAAAUGUUGAACAUCCAGAACAAGAACAGCAGCUACUUCGUCGAAUGGAUCCCGAACAACGUCAAGACCGCCGUUUGUGAUAUUCCUCCAAGAGGCUUGAAGAUGUCAGCUACCUUCAUUGGUAACUCGACCGCCAUCCAGGAACUCUUCAAACGUAUCUCGGAACAAUUCACCGCUAUGUUCCGUCGCAAGGCUUUCUUGCAUUGGUACACGGGCGAAGGCAUGGACGAGAUGGAGUUCACUGAAGCCGAAAGCAACAUGAACGACUUGGUCUCCGAAUACCAACAAUACCAAGAAGCCACUGCUGACGAAGACGCCGAAUUCGACGAAGAGCAAGAAGCUGAAGUUGAUGAGAACUAAAGUCGCUACAAGUAUGCAUUCACUGCCACACA